AUGGAAUUGAUUCAAGGGGCUAUCCUCUUCAUUCAAACUGAGAAGGCCAGAUCGGAGCUGGAGUCAGACAUUAAGGAGCACGAAAGUAACCUGCUUCUGUUGGACCAAACCCUUGAGGAAGAUUUCUCUGAGGAACAAGAAAGGUCCAAACUGGAGGCUGUUUUAGCUGAGAAAAGAGGCCACCUUGCUUCUCUUCCCACCUUGUCCUUUAACCCUCAACACUUCGAGGAUUUUUACAUCGAAUCACUGCCUUUGAGUGAAUCAGGCUUAGAUUGGGCUGUGAUCAUCCCGGAUGUUGAACAUGAAGCCGGAACUGAGCCGGGAAACUCUUCUAAGCUACUCUCUGCCAGUGAACCAACCAAAACUGAGUCAGCUGUUGUUGAACCAACCGAAGCCGAUCCGGCUAUCGUUGACCCCGAGAAGAUUACGGAUUCCUAG